GGCCGGGGCCCCGCUCCCGCCCGGGCUGGCCGCGAGGCCGCGGUCACGUGUCGGAUCAGGGCUGUCCCGCCGGCAGCGGCGGCGCGUCACGUGAGGCGGGCAAGAUGGCGGCUUCCGUGGACGGCGCCGACCUGGAGGCCUCACUGCUGAGCUUCGAGAAGCUGGACCGCGCCUCCCCAGACCUGUGGCCCGAGCAGCUGCCCGGGGUUGCGGAGUUCGCCGCCUCCUUCAAGAGCCCUAUUACAAGCUCUCCUCCCAAGUGGAUGGCUGAAUUAGAAAAUGAUGAUAUUGAUAUGUUAAAAGAGCUGGGGAGCCUCACAACAGCUAACCUGAUGGAAAAAGUUCGUGGUCUGCAGAACCUGGCUUAUCAGCUGGGCCUGGAUGAAUCUCGAGAAAUGACUCGAGGAAAAUUCCUGAAUAUCCUGGAGAAACCCAAAAAAUAGCUGCCACACCUGGAGUUUGGACAAAAAUACCCCAACUAGAUAAUGUUAUGUGCUGCAGAUCCAGAUGAACUCCAGAACUUCUAAGAAGUAUAAAGCUCUUGCUCUACACCUUCAGAAGCAAACAUCUCUUUUUGUUUCCACAACUCUUCUUUUUACAGGGGAGGCUUAUUGCAUACACAGAUCACAAGGACUGCAUUUGGUUGCGUUGGAGUUCAAACUUCGUGUGACCAUAGGAUGUCCAACAGGAGGAGUCAGUCCUGACUUGCUGUGACAAGUUACCUCUUUUAAUCAGCUAUUCAAAGUUUACAGCCAUAGGGUCCUCAUUCAGCUGCUCUCAGUGGCAGCACCUCUUGAAGUACACAGUAGAUCUGACACCAGCCAGUGCACAUCACCAGGCAUUGACCCCUUUGUGUGUCUUUUGUCUCACAUGUAUUGGUUUCUUACAUGCAACUUCUGUGCUGAAGGGCUUAAGCAGAGUUUGGGGUGCAGAUAGACCAAUAGCACUGGUUCAACAGGGAUGUAUGCUUUUACUGUGAAGCUCAGUGCAGUCUGAGCAUUAGAUUCCAGUUACUGUCUUCAGAGAAGCAUGUCUGGAGGAGGACCUCCAGACCUUUGGAGUACCAGGAUGUCCAUCUCACUGCUGAAGAGUUCUCUAGUGAAAUCAAGAGACCAUAGGGAUUAAGAGGUGUUACAGCUUCACAAAAGAAAAUAUCCUUACAGAAGCAUCAGGCAGUGCACAAAGAAACAGCUUUAUCAAUCCACUGCAAUUCUCUCCUUAAAGAGCUAGGAACUGAAAAAUAUUAUAAAGUUGAAAGGUUGUGCUCCAAGAAGGGGCAACAGGAUUGCUAGCCGCAUUGCAGGUAUGGUCUGCUUGUACAGAAUCUUAACACUUCUAAAAAUAACCUUUUGUGGUAUUUUUAAUUACUCACAAAACAGCAAACUCAGAAUUUGUUUUCUACAAACAGUUUUCAAGACAGAAUUUUCUAUGACCUGGUCUCAGCACAUACUUUUGGGCUUUAUUCAUCUUACAGUUUAAUGUCUUUUCUCUCUGUUAAUGCACUUCUGCAUGUUCACCCGUGAGAAGAGGUAAGGAGCAUGUUCAGACUUCUUAUUUUAUUUAGAAGAAGAAUUUUUUUUCACUUCAUCUUCCUUCCUUUUCCUAGAAAACAACAUUUUAAGCAUAGUGAAUAUAUUCUUUCUAGGCUACAGUAUAAUACUGAAACAUUGGAUAAAGAGCAGGUUUUUUUUUUUCCAUUUAGAACUGUUAUUUUUAACAUGCAGGCUUUUCAAAACUUGUAAUUUCACAGGCUGCAGUCACAUGUGAGAGGAGAAAUGAUUUUUCUGUCUUUCUGUCCUCAGAAAGAGGAGACUCUUUUCAGAUGCAUGUGCAAUAAAGUGGAAUAGAUGUUUUAAAAUCAAAUAGACUUCUCUGAAAUUUUACUAAAAUGCUGGUGGCCUUCUAGUUUGCCGUCCGUGGUCUUGGUUAUUACUGGUCAGAACUUGGCUCAUUUUGGACAGCUCGUGUUAACUAAGCUUAAGAAGUUAAUAUUUAGGAAUGUCAAGAAUCUGAUUUUAAACAUAACUGUUUAUUUCUGUACUUCACAGUUUAUGUAGGGCUGAGAUUAACAGGAACUCCAUCCCUUGAGAACACAAGAGUAAAGGCAGGUGAAUGUGAAGAGAAGUUAAAAGUGAUAAUUCAGACACAGAAAAAAUCCUGCUGGUGUAAACCAGUGUUGAUGUGGCUUUUAAUACUUCUAAGUAUUAAAUUUAUACAUUUUUUAUGCAAUUUUAAGUUUGUAUACUAUGUACAUAAUAUAUUUACACAUAUAUAUGACAUAAUGUGAUAAUUCAUGUGUAUCACUAAUAUGAGCAUGUGCAUUUUAUAGAGUUUUGUUGAUUCAACAAAUUAAGAAAUUGAGAUCUGAAGGAAGGAGGGAUGUAGGAGAAGAUAUGAAAGCCUGAUGUGAAAGCAUAUACGUAUUUUCUGAUAUGUUCAGUAAGAAAUUUCAAAUUUUAGGUAAUUUUUAAUAACAUUACAUGUGUUUAAAAAACCAAACAAAAUACCAUAUGAAGGACUUAUUUUCUGUAGGGCAGCCAGUAACAUAUGCUUUAGUAUUGUGAUAUUUAUUGGCUAUGUACUUAUCAUCUGUAGAGAUAAGUUAGUGAUGUAAUUUUUUUAUUGGUAAUAUUUAUAUCUAUUUUUGUGUGUUAGCCAGAAAAUUGUCAUUAGUCUGUUAUUGUGUUGUGGUUUGAUAAUAAACAAAUGCAAAGCUCAGACAAUCAUCUGGGUUUCCAAAAUAGCCCUCUAAGAUGCAAGAACUUUUGCUUAGCCACCUGGGUGAUACUCUUCCUCUGGAUUUUUCUUCAUACUUCUGCAUGCCACUGCAUCAGGAUUUGGCCUGUGGGUGCUCUGUUCCCAUCAGUAAAUAAAUAUUUGGCAAUAUCAAAACGGCACUAAGGGUUUUCAUACCCUUUUGAAUCCUAUGUUUUUCCUUCAGUGAUGUCCUUCCUGACACACCUGCAGUAUCUAUGUAGACAAGAAAAUCUGGGUGACUUUUUGUUGCUGACAACCUUCUGUAUUUUGAAACAAAGAAAGAAGUUUUGAUAAAUGAUAGGAAUGAAGACUAUAAGAAGAUAAAGAUUUGGUAAUAUUAAUUGAGGUAAUGCAUUGCUUUAUAAAGUGUUUUCAUGUGUUGGUAUAUUAAAUGUUACUGUGAGCUUCUUGUAAAUAAACCAAAUAUAUAUUUAGUUCCUUUUAAA